CGGCGUACGGUAAACAACUGCUGCCAACGCAACGUGAAAAAUAAGCGGCAGAAAGGAAAAUUUCAAAACGUUAACCUGGAGGCCCCCCCGUUGUGCACACGAAAAUAUAUCUAUGAGAUGCGCGAAUCUUGAUCCGUUGCAAAAAUUUCGAAUUUGAAUAAUUACGCAAGGUGCGGCACACGUGAGUGCGGUCGUCGGAUGAAAUGAAAAGUGGUUGAAGCGAAAGUGAAAAUAAAAGUCAAUUUUCUUGUGAUUACUGUGAUGAGUAACCAAUUCGAUAUCAAGUGAAAGACAAAUAGAUAAGGCUAUCAGCAAUCUUACAAUUCGCUAUCGUUCAUCCGCAAUUCCGCCAGACACUCGUAAUUGUUAAUUGGAGGGAAGCCAACUGAGACACCACGAGAGGGCCGAAAGGUUAGAAAACCAGGGGACCAGAAAGCGAUUCCCUGACAUGCGAGCCAGAGUUUCGAAUCCGUGACGACAAAAUCAUUGCAUCACAGAGAUUAGCAGACACUAUUAUUGGGAGUAGCCAAGCAAGAUGAGUGCCGCCGGCUGGCUGGAUAUGAAUGCAGCUCUCCAGAACCUCAGCUCCACGACGCCGGAGUCCACCCAGAAACCCAGAAGCAAGCGAAGGAGCAGCUACGCCGGACGUACUGCAUCCACAGCCGGAAUUCACGGACGUGCCAGCAUUGGAAGCGUAAGUUCCGGAAUAUUCAAAGCGUUCCGCGAACGGUUUCUCAGCAGCGAUGACUCCGGAGAUUACCGGAAGUUGAGGCAAAGGGAUGCGGAGGCCGGAAGAGCUGGCCACAGCUCCACUGAGAGUUCCGGCGAAGAUGAAGGACCCAGCAGCAGCAGCAGUGUCGAGGAUCUUUUCGCCCAUGAAACGGAGCGCCGCAAAUGGCAGAGGAGAACUUCCGAGCAGCGACGUCGAGCAGCAAGAAAAAAGAACCUGAUGCACACCAAGGAAAAGAAGCGACGGGUCAGGAUAAUCCUGAGCAUUGCGACAGCGGUCAUAGCGGUAGCUCUGUUGGCCACAGCUCUGGUGUUCAUACUCAAAACUGAUGAAAAGGAUAAUUCUGACGACUCAGACUCCAAUUCCAAUAAUGCCAUAGAUCUCGAGGAUGUGCUGAGUGGCCAACUGUAUGCCAAGCGGUUCAAUGGCAGUUGGAGCAAUGAAAACAGUUUGAUUUACAAGGAGGGUGCGUCCAUCGUGGAGUUCGAUGCCAAGACAGGAGCUAAAACCGUCCUCCUGGAAAACGCCGCCCACUAUGUGCUGUACGAAAAGUCGGCCGAUGGACAGUAUCUUCUGCUGGCGAAGAACUACAAGAAGAACUUCCGGUACAGCUUCCUCGCUGAGUACGAUCUCUACAACCUGAACACGAAGAACUCCACUCCGCUGACCAUCCAGAAUGUGCAGCAGUAUCUGAGCAUGGUUCAAUGGUCGCCGGUGGGAAAUGCCCUGGUGAUCAACUACGAUAGGAACCUCUACUACAAGGAGAGUGCUUCGGAACCGGAGAUCGCGAUCACCAGCGAUGACCAGGCGGGAAUACUCAAUGGCAUUCCCGAUUGGGUUUACGAGGAGGAGGUCUUCAGCUCCAACGUGGCCACGUGGUUCAAUCCCUCGGGCACCCAGCUGGCGUACAUCAAAUUCGAUGACUCCUCCACGCACCUGAUCAACUUCCCCUACUACGGAGAUGCCGGAGAUCUGCGGUAUCAAUAUCCAUUGCACCAGGUGAUCGCCUAUCCCAAGGCAGGAUCCUCCAAUCCACGAGUGGAACUGGUGAUGGUUGAUCUGAAGAGAGCCGUGGCUGGUGGAGAUUUCGAGACCGUGAUGCCGGUGCCACCUGCUCUCAACACGGAAACGGACUACAUUGUCACCGUGGUCAGUUGGGUAGACGACGCCAAUGUCCUGUCCAUCUGGAUGAACCGCAUCCAGAAUGCCGCAUAUGUCGUUACCUUCGACGGUCUUAACAGGAAGGUGAUCUACAGCGCUGAAUCGAAGACUGGUUGGGUGGACCUCUAUACCGCUCCCUUCCGCAACCGGAACGGAUCUCGAUUGGCCUUCGUCCUGCCGAACAACAACUACAAGCACGUCCAGCUGCUCAGCUCCACGGUGGCCAGUGCCGAGCCGCAGACACUGGAGCCCCUCACCGAGGGCAAGUACGUGGUGGACAGCAUCCUGCACUGGGACGGCACCAAUGACAUCAUCUUCUACACGGCCAACUCGGAGGAUCAUCCGGAGCAGCUGCACCUGUACGCCAUCCGGGCGCUGGCCAAGCAGAGUCCCAAGUGCCUCACCUGCAACCUGAUCAAGUCCGGCGAUGUGCAGCAGACCUACUUCUCGGCCACCUUCAACGACAAUAACCACAUUGUGAUCACCUCGCUGGGCCCCGGCAUUCCAACCACCCACAUCUACGAGUGGAAGUACGAAAACUCUCAAGUGGUCAUCUCGAAUGUCCUCGACUGGGAAACCAAUGAAAGCCUGCGAGCCAAACUGAAGGGCGUGGCCCUACCCACCCACAAAAUCCUGACGGUGAACAUUGACGGUGGCUUCCAGGCGAAGGUUCUGCUCCAGCUGCCCCCCAAUUUGGACACCAGCGGUGACACCAAGUAUCCCAUGCUUGUGGAUGUCUACGGUGGACCAGAUUCCUAUUCAGUAACCAACAAAUGGAUGCUUGACUGGGGCACCUAUUUGUCCUCAAAUCAGUCUGUGAUCUAUGCCAAGAUCGAUGGUCGUGGCUCUGGACUUCGUGGCGAGAGUCUUCUCCACGCCAUCUAUCUAAAGUUGGGAACCGUGGAGAUCAGCGAUCAGAUCAAUGUUACAGCCUCCCUCUCAAAAAUGUUCAACUACAUCGAUGCUGAUCACGUUGGCAUUUGGGGCUGGUCAUAUGGAGGCUAUGCAGCUGCCAUGGCUCUGGCCAACGAUCAAAGCCAAGUGUUCAAAUGCGCAGCCUCGAUAGCUCCAGUCACAGAUUGGGCUUACUAUGAUUCCAUUUACACCGAGCGCUAUAUGGGUCUUCCAAACACAAAUGAGGUGGGCUAUGCCAAUUCCAGACUGAGCACAAUGGCCGUAAAGCUGCGUGGCAAGAAGUAUCUGUUGGUCCAUGGAACGCUGGAUGAUAAUGUGCACUACCAGCAGGCCAUGAUCCUGGCCAAAAAUCUAGAGCGACAGGAUAUUCUCUUCAAGCAGAUUAGCUACGCUGAUGAGGAUCAUGGAUUGUCCAAUGUGCGUCCUCAUUUGUAUCAUUCAUUGGAUCGCUUCUUUGGGGAAUGCUUUGCCAGCAGUCGCCUCAUGAAAAGUGCCAAAUAGAAAGGCUUAAACAUAAACAUUGUUUGAAACACAGACAUUAUAGUUAAUAAUGCCAGAUAAUAUCAAAUAAUUAGCUGUGUUCUGAGACAAAUUUUUUCAGCUGCAACUAGAAAAUUUACAAAGAAAAACAAAAACAAAAAUUGGUACUUAAAAUUUAAUAGAUUGCAAAUUAAACAAAAAACUUUAAACAAACCAGUUAAUCAGACAAUUCAAAUUCAAAUAUAAAGUUAAAAAUGCUUAAACAAAAUGAUUAAACAAGAAAAUUAAACCAACAUAAUGCAGGUCCAAAAGUGUUAUAUGAUAACUUGGAACAAUAAUCUUUUCAAAAUGCAUUUUAAGACAUUUUAUACUUAAAUGGAAAGAGUAAAAUCAACAACAACUUAUUUAAAGUAGCUGCAAUUGAAGAAAAAACAUUGUCUAGCUAGUGCCUGAUUAUAUUGCUAAUGUAAAACCUGUAUUGUAGAUAUUGCAAUUCAAUUAAAAAAUUGUGUAUCCAAAUACUUUGCAAGCGCUCCAAUUUAAGCUUACCAAUCCUUGAUCGGAAAUUUUAAUUGGUAACAAACUUCCUGUAAAUUAAAUAUGAAAACAAAAAACUAAAGUAGUCUGUAAUUUUUGUAGAUUUUUAGUUUGCUACUUGUAAAAAAGUGAAAGAAAUUGUAAAUAAUAAAACAAGAAUAGUUGUUAAAUGGCUUUUUGUAAAUUAGAAGACGACUUUGUGUAUAGGCAACCGUUAAAAAGGCAACCAACAAUAAACAAUUAAAUUAAUAAAA